ACUAACUAAUAAAAAAUCAGUUCCUCAUAUUUGCAUAUGGCAUUCAUCAGCCAGAAAAUAACGUUAUUAUUAAUUGAGUAGCACCGCAAUAUCUGUUUAUAUGUGUCUACAGAAAACAGUGAGCUGCUAACAAAUUACUAAAUAACUAUUGGUGGGUAGAUUGACCAAAUAUCGGACAAGAUUAAGGCUUGCAAAGAGUUCCGCAGUCAGUAUUACCAAAGACAGGCUCAGGCAUGGGCACUUUAACUGUUUCAGUGGUUAUACUUGCUCUUGCAGCUGUUUCAGUCGCUGAAAAAGUGGUGGUUUGCAACUAUGAAACAAAAUCUCAUCUGAGGGAAGGGCAGGGAAAAUUCGACCUGACCAAUUUGGAGCCAGCCUUACAGUACUGCACCCACCUGCUUUACGGCUACGCAGCUAUCCACGAAGAUACACUCAAAUUAGUCCCGUUGAACGAACAAUUUGAUGUGAUUAAAGAUAAUUACCGCCACGUCACGGACCUGAAGCGAAGAUUUCCAAGAUUGAAGGUUCUGCUUUCAGUGGGCGGAAAUGAGGAUGUUAGCGGAGAAGGAGAUGAGAAGAACGAAAAAUACAGGAAAAUCUUAGAAACAUCGGCGCAUCGUUUGGCUUUUGCUAAUUCAGCAUAUACAUUGGUCAAGGGAUAUGGAUUUGAUGGACUAGACUUAGCUUGGGAAUUUCCUGAAACGAAGCCUAAGAAGAUAAAAUCCGGUUUCAAAAAAUUCUGGAGCUCUGUGAAAACCACCUUUACUGGGGAAAGCGAAAUUGAUGAAAAUGCCCAAGAACACAGGGAACAGUUCACAUCUCUCGUCAAGGAACUGAAAUCAGCUUUCAGACCUGAUAACUUAUUGGUUUCUCUCACCGUCCUUCCUAAUGUGAAUAGCACAGUUUACUACGAUCCCAGAGCUCUGGCUCCUUAUUUGGAUUUCAUCGUACUUCACGCUUUUGAUUUCUAUACUCCAGCACGUAAUAGAAAAUUAGCUGAUUUUCCAUCACCUUUGUAUGAACUUAUCGACAGGAGAACUGACGAAAACAUUGAUGCCUGGGUCAAAUAUUGGCUCAGUCAUGGUGCACCUGCAAACAAGCUUGUGCUAGGAAUUCCAACGUAUGGAAGAACUUGGCAUCUGGAGGACGAUACAAAAGUUGACGAGUUUCCAAUCACAGAUUUGGAUGGUCCUGGUGAUCCUGGACCACUGACAGCUGAAGCUGGUUUGUUGAGUUACGCAGAAAUUUGCUCCAAAGUCAAUUCACCACCUGGACCAAAUGGACUACCUCCUCCAGGACAAUUCAAGAAAGUUCCAGAUGCAACUAAAAGGAGAGGUGUUUAUGCUUACCGCCUUCCUGAUGGCAACGACAAAGGCGGAAUCUGGGUUGGCUACGAAGAUCCUGAAACGGCUGCAAACAAAGCCCAGUAUGUCAAGAACAAAGGUCUUGCUGGAAUUGCCAUCGAUGAUUUGACUCUCGAUGACUUCCGCGGAAUUUGCGGUAACAACAAGUAUGCCAUUCUCCGUGCAGCUGUUUCCGCACUAUGAUUUUUCUUUUUUUCAGCAAUGUGAGUGUAAUGUAACCUUAUACUAAUAUAUUUUGAGAAACAACUACA